AUGCUUUCCCGAGCAGUCACGACGCGUCCCAUCCACAUUCUUCACCCUCGCCUCCUGUCAACAUCAACACCUCCCAACGCCAGUGUCGACAGCCUUGUCGGAACAGCGCCUACCCACAAUGUCUACAUCUUCCUCCACAGCCAGCACCGCCCCAAGGACUUCCCAGCAGCUCUUCCCUCGCCCCUCCGCUCCGCUCUCCAGCUUCGUGCACGCGAAUGGCGUGGCCUCGUCAACUUCGCUUGGAAUCCCGCCUAUCCAAAUCCGUACGACUUCAUUCAUAGGACAGCCACAGGCGGAGGUGAGGUUUGUAGCGCUACGGCGUUUGUAACCGGCCGCCACUCAAACUCCAGGCUCGAUAUUCCAAGCGUGUCGAUUGACAACGUCGACAGCGUAGCCGAAAAGGUCAAACAGCAUGUGGUAGCAUCUCUUUCUUCUCUAGAGCCGGAUCCACCAAGACCUGUGCUUGAAGGGCAAGACUGGAUCCAGGCUGACGAUACAGUCUAUCUAUACGUCUGCACGCAUGGCGCAAAAGACUGCCGAUGCGGAGACUGGGGAGGACAAGUGGCAGAUGCAUUGAGAACAGAAGUGUGGAAGCGCGGCCUCGAAGGUGCUGGCUUGGGCAAACGUGUGGUUGUCAGUGAGGUGGGGCACGUCGGCGGACACAAGUAUGCGGCGAACUUGCUGGUCUAUCCUUUUGGAGACUGGUACUACAUUAGGUUGGGAAACGUGCGAACCGAAGAUGUACCUACCAUAUUAGAUACCAUCCUCGCCAGGCCGCACCGACACCGCCAGUCCAAUGAGCGUGAUGUCCACCCACCUCUGUGCCUUCCGCACUGGCGCGGGAGAAUGGGGCUCUUGGCUGAUGAACAAGUUUCACUGUACAAAUCGCACGCGCAGAAUUCAUAA